AUGGAAGGGAGGCAAUGUGUUGCCUCUGCAGUCUCCACCCUUAUGAAUCCAAUAACCAACCCUGCCACUGCCUGUUCGUUCAACACAUUUGCUGUUGAGUCUCCAAAAAAGCGCAAAGGAAGUGAUUUUGAUAACCAGAGUGAAGAUGGAGAACAUGUAAAAAUUAAAUAUUUCAGGGAAGCUCAUAGUCAAACAGAAAAACGAAGAAGAGAUAAAAUGAAUAACUUGAUAGAAGAAUUAUCUGCUAUGAUACCUCAGUGCAAUCCUAUGGCACGUAAACUAGACAAACUUACAGUAUUACGAAUGGCUGUGCAGCAUUUCAAGUCAUUAAAAGGUUCUACCAGUUCUUAUGCAGAAGUUCAAUAUAAGCCUUCAUUUUUACAGGAUGGUGAGCUGAGACAGUUAAUCCUUAGGGCUGCAGAUGGGUUCCUGUUUGUGGUUGGAUGUGAUAGAGGAAAAAUUCUUUUUGUCUCUGAAUCAGUCUGCAAGAUACUUAAUUAUGAUCAGGUCAGCUUGAUUGGACAAAGUUUAUUUGACUACUUGCAUCCAAAAGAUGUUGCCAAAGUGAAGGAGCAACUAUCCUCUUCAGACGCUUCACCAAGAGAAAAGCUUAUAGAUGCCAAAACUGGCUUGCAGGUACGUAUGGAUUUUCAAGCUGGAUCAGCUCGAUUGCAUUCUGGUGCUCGGCGUUCCUUCUUCUGUCGGAUAAAGUGUAGUAGGAUCACAGUCAAGGAAGAAAAGAAAUGCUUGCCCAACUCAAAGAAGAAAGAGCACAAAAAGUACCGUACAAUCCAUUGUACUGGCUAUCUGAAGAGCUGGCCUCCUACCGAGGUGGGAGUGGAAGAGGAGAAUAAUGCAGAAAAAGACAGCAGUAACUUUAACUGUCUUGUUGCAGUUGGGAGAUUGCAUCCUUAUAUUGUUCCACAAAAGAGUGGUGAGAUAAAGGUCAAACCAACAGAAUUUGUUACACGCUUUGCCAUGGAUGGAAAAUUUGUUUAUGUAGACCUACGUGCAACAGCAAUUUUAGGGUAUCUGCCGCAAGAGCUUCUAGGAACUUCUUGUUAUGAGUACUUCCAUCAAGAUGAUCACAAUCAUCUAGCUGAUAAACACAAAGCAGUGUUGCAGAGUAAAGAAAAAAUAUUUACAAAUUCCUACAAAUUCAGAGCAAAAGAUGGAACUUUCAUUACAUUGAAGAGUCAAUGGUUUAGUUUCAUCAAUCCAUGGACCAAAGAACUGGAGUACAUUGUAUCAACCAACACUGUAGUGUUGGGUCACAAUGAGUCAGGAGAAGAAGCAUUACUACCCUGUAGUUCCCAGUCCUCAGAAGAUACUUCAAAGCAGUCUUUUCCCAGUGUUCCUGGGAUGUCCACUGGAACAAUACUUGGUGCUGGAAGCAUAGGAACUGAGAUUGCAAAUGAAGUAUUAAACUUAGAAAGGUUACAUUGUUCUCCAUCUAUUGGUGAGUUAAGUCCAUCUGAUCUUAUGAGGAAAUCUUCUCCAACUUUAACUCCAAAAUGCAGCAAUGUGCCAAAUAAAGAGUUGAUUCAGUUACCUCCUUCAGAAAUGGAGGACUUGGAGACCUUGGGGCAAAAUCAGGGCACUGUUUCAUUCCCAAGCAAUGAACCUCUUCUCAGUGACAGUUGCCAGUUGGAUUUUGAUGCAAUGUGUGAAAAUGAUGAUACCGCCAUGGCGUCUCUCAUGAAUUACUUGGAAGCUGAAGGAGGCCUUGGGGAUCCAACAGAACUCCGUGAUAUACCAUGGACUCCCUAG